GGAAAGGGCUUGAUUCUUCCCGGCGUCCCCUCGCUCCUGUCAACCGAGAGGCAGCCGAGAUGGCGGCAGCCCCAGCGGCCGGCGGGGCGGCGCGGGGCCGCGGGGCCACCAGCUUCCAGCGGAAGGCCGCGGCCGGCAGCCGCCUGGCCGCUGUCGCCGGCACUCGGCCUUCCGUUCGCCACGGGCAGCUGCUGCUCUCCAGCGGGCUCCCCUCCCUGGACUGUGUGCUAGGUGGAGGCGUAGCUGUUGGAACCCUUCUUCUUAUUGAGGAAGAUAAAUACGGUCUUUACUCCAAUUUGUUGUUCAAGUAUUUUCUCGCAGAGGGAGUUGUCUGUGGACAUGACUUGUUUGUUGCUUCUGCUAAAGAGCAUCCUGACAACAUUUUAAAGGAACUUCCAGCCCCUUUGCUUGAUGAUACCUACAGAAAUGAACGGGGAGAAGAAGCAACAGCUGUUAAGUCUGAAGAUUUUCAAGAUUCUAUGAAAAUAGCCUGGCGCUACCAAAAUUUACCAAAAGUGGAGGCUAGCCCAACAACAUCUACAAAGUUUGGCCAUUAUUAUGAUGUUUCUAAAACAAUGUCUCCAGAACUGUUUCAGUCCAUAAAAUGGCACAGUUUUUACCUUCCUGAAGAAUUGUCUUUACAGCCUAAAAUGAAAACACAUAAUAUGAACAGUGCAUACUCAAGGCUGCUUCAGUCCAUUCAGAGGAUCAUUUACCAGGAAGGGUUUGAUGGCUCUGAUCCCCAGAAGAAACUAAAGAAUAUUUUGCGGAUAGGAAUUCAGAGUCUGGGUUCCAUGUUGUGGGGUGAUGACAUUUGUAGCAGUGAUACUCCUGAAUAUAUUCAUAGCCUUACAAAAUUCCUGUAUGUUCUCCGUGGCCUUCUCAGAAAAUCUUUGUCAGCCUGCAUCAUCACAGUGCCCGCUCACCUUAUCCAGAAUAAAGCAAUUAUGGAACGUGUAACAAACUUGUCAGAUAUGGUAGUUGGUCUUGAAUCAUUUAUUGGCUCUGAGAGAGAAACCAAUCCGUUAUACAAGGAUUACCACGGUUUGGUUCACGUACAGCAGAUUCCUCGGCUUAAUAGCUUGAUCUGUGAUGUGUCAGACACGAAGGACCUUGCUUUUAGAUUAAAAAGGAAGCUGUUCACCAUUGAGCGACUGCAUUUGCCUCCAGACUUGUCAGACACAGUGAGCCGCACAAGCAAACAGGAUCUGGCAGAAUCCGCCAAACUGCUGAGCUCAGGAUGUGGUGCUAUGGCCAUCGGCAAGAAGCACCUGGACUUCUAGUGAUUUCUACUUAGCAGUUUCACUCAGAUUUAUAUGACACUCUAAUUAUGAGUGUUAAUGACUUAUAUAAAUAUUUUUCUUAAUGAUUUGACCCAGCAGUCUUUAAAAAUACAUGUUAUCAUAUGGUGCCGCCUUUUUUUUUUUUUUUUUUUUUUUUUUUGUCCUGGUUUCUUUGUACUAAUUUUGGGCUGUUUGGAUUUUGCUUUUUGUUAAAGCUUCUGUUAUGUUGGGUCCUGCCAUUGUUCUGCUCGACUGGAAACGUACAGUAUUUUGUUCCUUUCCUGAAAAUAUGAAAAUUAUUCUUACCCUUCCAUUUCCAGAUGGUUUUUUACAAUAAAAAUAGAGGGAUAUUUUUCCCAAUGGAAUUUUUAUAUACUUACAUUUAAUAUUUUGUAUGAAUAAUAAGUUAAGUUGGACGGUUUAUUGAAAUAAAGGAAUGAAACUAA